AUGUCUAAGGACGCACAUUUCCAUGGACGCAAUUGUCUGGUACGCAUUUGCCCGGGACGCAAAUGUCUGGUACGCAAUUGCGCGGGACGCAAAUAUCUAGGGAAGCAAUUGUCUGGUACACAAUUGUCUCGGGUGUUACGUUUUCAGGACGCAGUUGUCUGGUAUGCAUUUGUUCGAGAAUCAGAUAUUCAGGAACGCGAUUCUCUGGUACGCAGUUUUCCACUUUGGCACGAGUUUGCCAUUUUAAAACAGCAAACAACCCACUUUCUGCAUUAUCUUAUCUUUUCUUUUAAAGAAUUUUUUAAAAAGAUAUUCUCAUAUUCUAUAUGGCGACUCCUUGUCGACUUUUUCUCGUUUUCUUUCCUUCCGUAUUUUCCUUCUCCCCAACAAUUGUCACGUGUGCUUGGUUUCAUCUUCGCUUCAUUCGUUCGUUCCUUCAUUCAUCGUUCAUUCCCAGUUUUUUCUUCUCGUUCAUUCUUACGUUCUUUUCAUUCGGUUCUUGUAAACUUUUUUAUUUCAUUCUUUUUGUUUCGUUGUACGUUUCUUUCUGUUAUCAUUUUCUUUUUUCUUUCUUUCUUUCUUUCUUUCUUUUUCAUUCUUUCUUACUUUUUUCUUUCUUUCUUUUUUUACUUUCUCUUUUUCUUACUUUCUUUCUUUCUUUUUCUUUCUUUCUUUUUCUUUCUUACUUUCUUUCUUUUUUCUUUCUUUCUUUCUAUUAAUUUUACCUUCUUUCUACCUUCUUUCUAUUAUUUCUUUCUUUUUUCUUUCUUUCUUUCCUUCUUUCUUUCUUUCUUUCUUUCUUUAACCAACUUUCCUUCUUCCUUUAACCAACUUUCUUUGUCUUUCUUUCGUUCUUUAACCGCUUCUUUCUUUCUUUUUUCUUUAACUUUCUUUCUUUUUUAUCCAUUUUUCAUUCUUUCUUCAAUAAUAUUUCUUACUUUCCCUCUAUCUUUCUUUCUUUCUUUCUUUUCCGACUGGGAAAGAAGUGAUAUAUUUGCUCUUACUCUUUCUCUUUAUCUCUCUCUCUUCUCUCUCUCUUUCCCUCUCCCCUCUCUCUUCUCUCUCUAUUCUCUCCCCCUCUCUCUCUUCUCUCUCUCUUCUCUCUCUUCUCUUUUCUCUCUCUCUCUCUCUCUUCUCUCUCUUCUCUCUCACUCUCUCUCUCUAUCUCUCUCUCCCCCUCCCUCCCUCUCUGAGUAUAUUUGUGUUUAUUUUUUAUUUUCUUUCUUUCUUUCUUUAACCGUCUUUCUUUCUAAGGUUUAUUUUUACUUAUUAACCGUCUUCCUUUCUUUCUUUAACCGUCAAUCUUUUUUUUCUAAGAUUUAUUUUUAUUUAUUCGCCGUUUUUCUUUCUUUAACCGUCUCUCUUUCUUUAAACAUAUACCUUUUUUUCCUCAACGUCUUUCUUUCUUUAAUCAUCUUUUUUCUAAUGUUUUUACGCUUCUUUCUUUCUUUCUUUCUUUCUUUCUUUCUUUCUUUCUUUCUUUCUAAUGUUUAUUUUUAUUUUCUUUCUUUCAAAGGCUUGUUUUUAGUUAUUAAUCUUUUUUCUUUCUGUAAUUUCUUUCUUUCUUUAACUGUCUUUCUUUGUAAAGUUUACUUUUACUUAUUAACCAUCUUUCUUUCUUUAGUCAUAUUUCUUUCUUUCGUUAACUUUUUUUUUAUUUAUCAAACGUCUUUCUCUCUUUCUUUAAACACCUUGCUUCCUUUGAUUAAACGUCUCUCUUUCUUUAACCAUCUUAUUUUUUAUUUAUUGAUUGUCGUUCUUUCUUUCUUUCUUUCUUUCUUUUCUUUCUUUCUUUCUUUCUUUCUUUUUUCUUUCUUUUUUAUUUCUAAAGUCUACUUUUACUUAUUAACCGUCUUUUUUCUUUCGUUAACCUCUUUCUUUCUUUUUUUCUUUCUUUCUUUUUACUUACUAACCGUUUUUCUUUCUUUAACCGUAUCUCUUUCUUUGAUCAUGUCUUUUUUCUUCAAUGUCUUUUUUUCUUUAACCAUAUUCUUUUCUAAUGAUUUAUUUUUACUUAUUAAACGUCUUUCUCUCUUUUCACUAACCAUCUUUCUUUCUUUAACCGUGUUUAUGUUUUUACGCUUCUUUCUUUCUUUCUUUCUUUCUUUCUUUCUUUCUUUCUUUCUUUCUUUAACAGUUUUUCUUAUUUUUCUUUAA